AUUUUGUAGAAUAAUAAGAUAACAAAAAUUGCAUUUUAAGCAAUUUAAAAAAAUAUACUAUUAUAAAUAACCGUUUUCAUUUAUAAUUUUAAUUUGCCAUCAGAGAUUCCCAGUUACAAUAACUUUUUGUAGAAAUGGAGAAAUUCUUGCUUGGCAUUUUUUGCUGUGUUUUGCUUCCAUUCCAAGAAGUGAAGCUAGAAGAUACCCAAUCAUCAAUGGAUUCCAUUAUCAGUCCAAGAUCCUUGACUUGCCCUAUUCUGUAUCAACGUUAUACGACUUAUAAACAAAAAUACGAAGAUACGUUGAUUGUCAACCAGAAUCUAGAAGGAAACUUAUCAAGUGUACUAAAUGAAAAUCAACUUUUGAAAAACAACUGUAGUAAGAACGAAGAAUUAACGACCGAAAUCCAGAAUCUGAAACAAAAUUUGACAAUCAAAAAUGAACUGUUUCAAAAUCUAUCUAACAGCUAUGAGGAGUUACUGAUUGAGAAGGAGAAUAUGGAACAAACUUUAACAAAUUUAGUUGCCGAAAAUGAAAGUUUGAAAAGCAACUGUACAGAAAAACUAAAUGAAACUACCGAUCACUACCAGUUGGAGCUGGCAAAUCUUCAAGAAAACUAUGAAAACCAGCUUAAUGAAACCCAAGCAGAUUGUCAGAGACAAAUCGAUGUUUGUGAUAGAGAAAAGGCCAGAAAUGCGAUGCUAGAAAACGAACUAAAUCAACUUUUAAUAGCUUAUGAGAAGUCUAAGGAGGAAAGUGUAAAUUAAUUCAUAGUUGUAGAAUUUAGUACAUAUAUUUGUCAAAGAUGUGAAAUAAAAUCAUUCUAAUACA